AUGGGCCCCCCCGGCUUCGAGAAGUGCUCAUCCCCCACCGGCUGCUCCGCCGCCAACGGAGCUGUCUCCUCUCGCGUAGAUAGCAUCUUCCUCAUAAUGCUCUUCGCCUUCUCCGCCGCCGUCGUUGCCCUGUACCUUGCCUACCUCGUCAGCAGUCUCGUCCUACGCGUCCUCCGCCUCUACCUUGCUAAGGCCGCCGUCGGUGCGAUCUCCGCCACGGAAUUCAAAGCCAGCGAUGGCUCAUUCCUCGACGGCGCCGACGCCGCCGUCGAUUGCGUGGUCUGCCUCUCCGAGAUCCGAGACGGAGAGCUCGUCCGGGUGCUCCCCAAGUGCCGACAUGUCUUCCACGUCCCCUGCAUCGAUCCAUGGCUCAAGUUCCACGCCAACUGCCCCAUUUGCCGGGCUAAUUUAGCCGGCGACGCCGUCAAUGACAAUGACGUCGACGUGGAGAGUGGCGCCCCGACCGUCUCCCCUGCUCCCGCAGGAGAUGGAGAAAUGGAGAAUGGCGUAGGAACUGGAAUGAACUCGACGCAAGCAAUUGAUCCUCCAUCGAUCGAGACAUCUGCAUUCAUCGAGAUCGACGUGAGAUGA